CGCCCCCUGGGAAGCAGUGACCAGCCUCCUUGGCACCCCCCUGGCUGGGCCAGGCCGCUAUUGUCCUGCGUCCAGAGUCACCGGCCAGCCCAGUGCUUCCUCCUCGAUAGAUAACGCCGUCGGCCUGCAGGGCCAGCCCGUGCCCGCUGCAGCAAGCGCCAGCAGGAGCGGGGUGUGGGGGGGCUUCGCCAGGGGACUCCCAAGUGUUGUGAGUUUCUGUUUGUCACUGUGAAUCCCGUGUCGUCGGGGCCAACGUGGCAGUGACUGCUGCGUGGGGAGGGCACCAAGUGUGCAGGCCGCCAGGGGACAUCCCGGCCGCGGACACAGUCCCUGCAGCAAGCUCUCCGCCCAGCUGCACAGGAGCGUUGCCCAGGUGACCCUCCCCGCUCUGGGGUGCUGUGGACCCUGGCACUGAGACCCAGGUCUUCCCACAGGAGCUGGGCAGCAGCAUGGUCUGAGGCCCCCAGCUCGGAGCCGGUGUGAGACUUCGCUCUCAAGCUUGAGUGUGGGUCCAAGCACUUGGGGAUCAGGUUGGAGUGCAGUGGACCCGAGCAGGUCUGGGUGGGACCCGUGUUCUGCAUCACCUCCACCCCCAGGGCACCCUGGGGCAGCUAAUCAGCUGCUGCUCAAAGCCCCUGCAGGCUCCAAGCGCUCCCUGAAGCUGACCAAGGGGGGGCAGGUUCUCCCAGGGACGGGGCGGGCAUCAGAAUGCUACCGGACAGGAGAGAAGCAGAGCUGGGCGCGAGGGCUGCCCUGUGCGUUUGGGAUGCCCACAGAGGACUGGCUGAGUGGACGGGGCAGGGCUCUGCAUGACCUCCAGGUGCAGGGGUGUGGCUUCCAAGCAAGCUCCGCCAUAGGCGCGAGGUGCCGGUGUCACUCACCCUCACGUGGUGUCCAGGGCAGGGUUCUAGCUCUCCAGCCCUGGGCUCCCAUUGCCAUGUCCGGGUCCCGACCUUCCUCAGCCCCAGGAUGCCACUUUAGGCCACAUUCUUCCACCAAGGUGCACCGUCCCCUGCAGAAGGAGCCCUGGGAGGGGCAGCAGCAGAGGCAGCAGCUCCCGGGUCUGGUCAGGGCUGGGCCCAGACAGACCACUGUCCUUCUGCUCCUCACUGCACACCCGCUGGCCUCCCCAGCCAGGAUGGGGCCCCGGAGGACAGUGCCAGCUCUGUGGGACCAUAGAGGACAUCCUGGAGUGGUGCACAGAGGCGCUGCCUCCCGGCCCUCAACCACCAGGGCUUCUGCAGCCGGGGAGCCCUGAGGACGGAUCUCCUCUGAGGGCAAAACUGGGAGCCACAACCCGAGUUAAAGGUUGGAAAAUCCUAGUGGAUGCAAGGUGACGGGGUGGCCCUCAACCUGGGGAAGCUGUAGGAGCCACCUCAGCCCUUCCUGUCCCAGCGACCCAGUGCCAGACCACAUGCACACGCACACACACACACACACACACACACACACACAAGCACACACAAGCACACACACAUGCAUACACACCCACCGGGGGUGAGCAGGACAGUUGCCUGGUUUGAUGAUUCUGUAUCUUCUCUUUCCUAAACAAGCCUCACCAUGAAUAGCGCUAAGAUAGGGUCAAUUAGAUGUCCCUGCCCAGGCUGGCGAGCGCCCCUCGUGGACUGGAGGUUCUGUGGUCAGCUGCAGGCUUCCCUGGCCCCUCCUGGCCUGAUGAGGCUGUGUCCACUCGCAGCUGCAGCCACGUUCUCUUUGCACCAUGUCGGUGUAUCUUGCAUUCGAAGCUCAUGGCAAUGUCACUCUGUGAAGGGACGUUUUUCCAGGUGGGAGGAGACACCCUCAGUGCAGUCCUGGACGGUGUCCCAGGGCGAGGAGUGGUCCCACCAGGACUGGGCCACUCUCCUAGCUCUGGACUGGGGGUCGCUGUCGAGCAGCAGGAGACGCUGAUGCAGAGGUGGGGAGCCUGCUGUGGGGACGUGGCCUGGGAAUCCCAAGGACGCGGAAGGGGCCGCUCUUCCAUCCGCAAUUGCAGGGGCCAGGGAGAGGCACAGCCCGAGGGCUCCAGCCCGGGCUCCCAGCAGAGGCGGCCAGAGCGUCCCUCGGAGCUCACUCCCCCGAGGAGGACUCCGGCCAGGCCUUGGGCAGCCCUGGCAGCCACGCACGGCUCGGCUGGUGGUCCCCAUGCUCCCGGGAGCCAGCGGGAUCCUCCCGGCCUCUCUCCAUGCUGGCUGCCCUGUUACCAAGCCGGGGAGCCUGGGGAGCUGGGCACUGGAGCCCCCGCUCCUCCGGGGGGAGCUGGCAGCCCCCCGUGGUCUGUGCACUGACUGUCACAGGGUCCUUGGGGAUGGGGAAAAGCCAUGUCCAUAGACAUCCCUGCUGCCCAUGGUUCUCUGAAGACGGGAGAAGGAGAAAAGGGAGCUGAUCUGAAGCACCAGGGGACGGUGGAGGUACUGAUGGCACAGACGUCACCAAGCACCAGGGAGAGAGCAGCAGCUGAGGCUGGAGGUCAGGGAAGGUCACAGAGCCAAGCGUCUGGUGAGAAUCCAGCGGGUGACAGUGCCAGUUCUCUCAUGCCACCUGAGUUCUACCUCAAACAAAGUAACAAGCACAGCUGGGCCACUGGGAGGCCACCAGGGGCCGAGUCCUGGCCUCGUGCUGGUUGGAGAAGCCCUCUCCUCGCCUCACCGACUCGGGGCGUCUGUGCCUCCUGGUGCGGGUUCACUGCUGAGAGGCGUGCCCAGCAGGGCGUCCCUGUGGGAGAGGGAGCUCAGGGAACGAGGCUGACAGACGGUGGCAUGGGCAGCCUGGGCAUGUGGCGAGGGGGCGCCGACACUCGGAGUUUGGUUGUGAGGAGGAACUUGGGGCCAGCAGCACAGCUGGGGCACAUCAGGAUGCCGCUGGCCGCUCUGGUGUGGGAGCAGCCCGAGGGCUGUCACCGCCCCUCUGCCGACUCCGCUGCCUCGCACACGAGGUCCGGGCCGAGGCUUGGGCAGGAGAGACCUGUGCCUUGGGACAUGCACAGGGAGAAACGUGGGUGCUUUAGGAUGCAUAGGGUUUGCAAUGGAGAGAGCCAGCAGCCACUGUGUGAAGCCCUCCCCACACGGGCACCUGCAGCAGGGGAGGCAGGACUGGGGAUCCCCUGGGCUCCGGGAGGGCAGUUCAUUCCCUGGGGAGCAGCAGCUCAGCGUGAGCAGCGUUGGCACCGCACCUUGAGGACACUUCUGUCCACGGGAAUGAAGCUCUGCAUCGGAAACUCAAGUGGCCACUCAACUUGGAGCAUGGACCCCAGCCGCGGAGGAGCUGUCCCAACGGCAGCCCCCAGAUCAGGACAAGCAGAAACCAGGGAGGCGAGGCUCGGGACCCCACCCAGGACGGGCACCAUGCAGAGGUGCAGAAGCACAUCCUGUCGGGAGGCAUGGCCCACAACUGACCCAAGGGACGCUGCACAAAGUCCAACCCCACAUGCCCACGAGGAGCUCAGUCUGCGGAUCCCGGGAGGCUUCACUCUGACUCAACAUGGCAGCAAGCUUACGGCCCACUCUGAAAGGGAGUCAGUGCCUGUCUUCCAGCUGGACCGAGGCCUUCCACGUUGUUGACCAGUUUCAGCCGGGAUCUGUGGGCCAGGCAGGAGCACUAUGGCGUCAGAGUCCAGUGGAGAGCUUGUCCUAACCACACCAACGAAAGCCGGUCACCAUGAGUGCCCGGCGCGGCUCUAGCUCUCCCAUCCCUCACUUGCCAUAGGAAAUAUCGACAAACCGCCCCCCACUGAAGGGCCGAGGACUCGCGGCCUCCACGCGGACUGUGCGUCGAGCAGCUGAUUACUAAAACCACACGCUGACUGUGGCUUAGUGACGUCUGUGAGAUGGCUCGGCUUUCUGAAGUGAGACUUGCUUUUCACUUGUUUCACAUUUGUAGUUUCACGCUCUUUGCCUGAAAGAGGGAUCCCCAAAUUGCAUGAGGUUUGGGCUCAGGAGACCUGGAUCUGUGGGUGGCGGCAGAGCAGAUGGACCCUCGUCUGGGUGAGUCACUUGAAGGAGGACGGAUGGGAAGUGAAGCUGCUCUGAGACUGGACGUGGAGGCUCGCCGUGAGGCCCAGCCGAGGCCGCAGGGCCGGGCAGUGGGUGUCGGGCCUGCGGGGCUUGGCUAUGGCCCUUCCGUGAACGCCACCGGCUCAGGUCCAUGAAGCCUCGCUCCCACUCAGGGCCCCAGCCUCCUGCAGCAUCUUUAAAGGGUUAGAAACUCACCUGAAGAGGUGCCAAGGGGCAGGAAAGUGGGCACCCGUCCAUGGAGCUCUGGAAGCACCUCCCGGGAGGACGCAGCCUGCAGUUGUGCUCCCGACACUCGGGGGUCCCUGGACGGCAAAGGCACGGGGCAGCGCUGUGGUCCUCAGUGGUGACGGCCCGGCUUCUGAGGUGCGGCCAGAGCUCAGCGAGGGCCAGGUCAAGAAGCGAGGGUCCCAUCAGGAGGAGCCCGAGCUGCAGGCAGUCCACUGUCACCUCCAGAUGGGCUGCAGAAGGAGGCAGCCCCGCCUCCCCAGGCCCCGAGGAAAGACCCAGGCCACCGGAGUCAUGUGACGAGUGGGGGCGAAGCACACGGGCGGUUCUUUCCACGGAGCCUGGGCCUGCGCCUGGUGUGCAGCUGGCAUGGUUCCCCUCUGACCCCACCACUGAGCUUCCCAGAGGGCCUCGGGAGACCUGUCACAUGACUGUGUGUUUGGGGCUUUACCGUCCUCUACACAGUGAGGCGAGGCUCUGAACCCCACGGGAGCCCCAUGAACUGCUCUCUGGCCGCGGCAGAGGCCAGAGUUCCAGGUGUGCUGGAAGGAGACAACCAGACACGUUCAGGCGGGCCUCGGUUGUCCAUCCCGGGACAGAAGCAGGCUUUAUGGAGGACUUGUCUCAGCCACGCUGGCCACGAGGGCAGAGCCCGGCUUGGCCCCGGCCUCACAGACAGGGCCCCCCGUCUCCUGGGCACUCUCGGGAGAGAGCCGACGGACUCUCCAUCCACAGGUGGACUGGGGGCGUGGGUUCCCUGU